UUAUACAUUACUAUCAAACCCAAAAUAUCUUCUCUCUUUGCGAUGUAUUCAUGUGACAUAUCCUCUACUUCUCCAUAUAAGUCGCAGCAAGAAAGUAGAAAAACGAGGUAAGAAAGGAGAUAAAAUCAAGGGAUAUGAGGAUAAAAACUUUGUCAACAAGUUUAAAGAAAGAAGAAAUGCGAGUACCUGCAGAGAUCAGUGCCAGUAGUGUUACUAGUAGUAGUUCUAAUGAAGAAGAGAACCCCAAAAGAGAGAGCAACAUCCGCGUCCACGCCAAGAAAGAGACUGAUCUUAUGGAUGAGCUCGACUACUGCACUAAUCUCCACAACAUCCAAGACGAUGAUGAUGCAGAAAACCUCCAAGUUCAAGAGGAGCAGGAUAUCGCGUACGGUCAACUUAUAAACUACUGGGGUUGUUUGAUGCCUCCUGCUUGGGAUGGUUUAGUUAUCAAAGAUGAUGAAGAGGCCGGAGAUAAUGAUAUUAUUGAUGGAAGAGAGAACCAUUCACGCAGCACGCUUGAUGAUAUGCGGUUUACCAUAAAGAAAGAGGCCGAGUGUGGGUUGCUGGAAGAUGAUGAUGACGACGACGACGACGACGACGAUGAUGAUGAUGAUGAGAAAAAGCUUUCUUUGAAUCUGAGCUUAAACUAUCAAGAGGUUUUGGAUGCAUGGUCCGACCGCACACUUUGCGCUGAUGAAUCUUCUUCAAUCUUUGUUUCUGCAAAUAAUGCCUAUGUUAGAAUGGGAGAGGUGCCGGUGAUAGAAGACGAGAGGAGAAGAAGGGAAGCAAGUGUGCUGAGGUACAAAGAAAAACGCCAAACCAGAUUGUUCUCCAAGAAGAUAAGAUAUCAAGUUCGGAAGCUGAAUGCAGAUAAAAGACCAAGAUUCAAGGGCCGUUUUGUGAAAAGGGUAGCCGAGGAGAUGCACAAAUGAUUGCAGAAAAAAAAAAUCUCAAAAUAUCUUACCUAACUCAACUCCUGUCUGUUAGUACUUUUAUGUUUGACCGAUUCCUUCGAUUUGAUCUAUCAAUGUCUUUCAAUUACAAGUAGUAUAUCUCUUUUCUUUUGGAAGGGGCAAGUCUACUGUGCUGUACUAUAGAGAAGUCUAGCACCUGCUGAGUUUGCGUCCCAGCUCCUAAUAAUGCAAAGAUUGAGGCAUGUCAAACUUUUAUCAGCUCAUGAGUCGUUAUCUCAAUUGGGACCUUAAAGUUACCUCUGGAACAGGGGAAAAAAAAUAAAAGAAGAGGAUGAUACUGAGGUCGAUCCUGUUUGAAUUACAAUUUUCUGAAGUUUUUGUAUAAAAUGUACUGUAACCCUUUUUACACUUCAUUUUCAUCGUAGCUUGGAUUGAUUUGCUCA